CGUCCUUGUUUCCUCCUAUCCUGCGGCAGCGCAGUAACUUUGCAUGCUUAUAAAUGCGCGGCUUCGAGCCCUCGCGAGUCGCUACAUCCGUCGUCAUUUUCCCCCGGUGGGUGGGCGGCUGGGAUGCUGUGUUCAAGUCCCUGUCCUUUUCUUGUUCUUCAAGCCUCUCCAGGGCUCUAAAGCUAGGAUUUUUCCUUACUAGAACGGGCAUCCAUCUUGCCUGGCCUGAGGGAGUGGGAUAUAAUAAGCGCUGCUCCCGCUGAACAGUGUAAUACAAAGGCUCUCCCAUAAUUUCUGCUUACCGGGUGUUUACAAGAAGUCUGGUCACUGCAAGAUGCCAUACUUAGGCUCAGAGGAUAUGUUGAAGGAGCUGAAGAGAGCUCUGUCUAACCCUCAUGUGCAAGCUGACCGACUCCGCUACAGGAAUGUUAUCCAGCGGGUGAUCAGGCAUAUGACCCAAGGGGUAGAUGUGUCCAGUGUCUUUAUGGAGAUGGUUAAAGCUAGUGCCACAGUGGACAUUGUUCAGAAGAAGCUAGUAUACUUGUACAUGUGCACAUUUGCUCCCCUGAAGCCUGAUCUAGCUCUUUUAGCUAUCAAUACUCUGUGUAAAGACUGUUCAGACCCUAAUCCCAUGGUUAGAGGUUUGGCCCUACGAAGCAUGUGCAGUCUCAGGAUGCCUGGCAUACAAGAAUAUAUCCAACAGCCAAUCCUUAAUGGUCUGCGAGACAAAGCCUCCUAUGUAAGACGAGUAGCUGUUCUUGGGUGUGCUAAGAUGCAGAAACUCCAAGGAGACUGUGAAGUGGAUGGUGCACUAGUUAAUGAGUUAUAUAGCUUGCUUCGUGACCAGGAUCCGAUUGUGGUAGUGAAUUGCCUGAGGGCACUAGAGGAAAUCCUGGUACAUGAAGGAGGAGUUGUUAUUAACAAGCCCAUUGCCCACCAUCUUCUUAACAGGAUGCCUGACCUUGACCAGUGGGGCCAGAGUGAGGUGUUGACCUUUCUGUUGCGCUACAAGCCUCGCUGUGAAGAAGAGCUCUUUGAUAUCCUUAACUUACUGGAUAGAUAUCUCAAGAGUAGCAGCUGCAGCGUGGUGAUGGCUGCUACCAAGCUCUUCCUAGUGCUAGCCAAAGACUUUCCACAUGUGCAGACAGAUGUUCUGGUGAGAGUAAAGGGCCCACUUCUGGCUGCUUGUACCUCUGAAAGUAGGGAACUCUGUUUCACGGCCUUGUGCCAUGUGCGCCAGAUCUUAGACAGUCUUCCUGGUCAUUUCAGCAGCCAUUACAAGAAAUUCUUCUGCUCCUACUCAGAACCCCAUUACAUUAAGUGCCAGAAGAUGGAGGUACUGUGCAAACUCGUGAAUGAUGAGAAUAUGCAGCAGAUAUUAGAGGAGUUGAGAGGCUAUUGCACUGAUGUGUCAGCAGAGCUUGCUCAGAGAGCAAUCUUUGCCAUAGGAAACAUUGCAAGGACAUACACAGAGCAGUGUGUGAGGAUCCUAACAGAGCUAUUAGAACUGAAGCAGGAACAUAUAACUUCAGCUGUGGUGCAGGUGUUCCGGGACCUAGUGUGGUUGUGUCCACAGUGUACCGAAUUUGUGUCUCAAGCUUUGCCUGGCUGUGAAGAGACCAUCCAGGACAGUGAGGGCAAGCAAGCAUUAAUCUGGCUGCUGGGAGUACAUGGCAAGAGAAUCCCCAAUGCUCCUUAUGUCUUGGAAGAUUAUGUAGAGAAUGUAAAAUCGGAGGCUUUCUCAGUCGUGAAAGUAGAAUUGCUGACCGCUUUGGUGCGGCUCUUUAUAGCACGCCCAGCUGAGUGUCAGGACAUCCUGGGUCGAUUGCUCUAUUACUGUAUAGAGGAGGAGACAGACAUGACAGUCCGGGACCGUGCUCUGUUUUAUUAUCGUCUUUUGCAAGCUGGUAUGGAAGAGACAAAAAGGGUUCUGUGUAGCCCCACAUCUGAUCAUUCUUUGCGUCUUUUGGAAGACCAGGCUGAAGGCUCUGUGAAUGAAUGGGCCUCGGACUUUAACACCUUGGUGCCUAUAUAUGGCAAAGAACUGUGGGCAACCAUGACUGCUAGCCAGAUUACUGAUCUUCAUUGUGCAGAUUCACCCUGUGAAGCACCCACAGUGGUGGGAGAAGAACAGCUGAUAUCAGAAAAGAGAGUUGAGGUUCCUUGCAUGAACACCAGCUCUAGUGGGGUUGUUCUAAUCCCCAGCACGUGUCUGACUGCAGAGCAGUUUGAGAGGACAUGGCUAAACCUUGGGGUGGGCUGCCAGCAAACUGUUCCCUGGAAGGCAUCUGUGCAACCAGACACCAUACAGGCUGCACUGCAGGUUGUCCAUAUCCAGACUAUUGCUAUGAGCAAGAUUGGUUCCCAGCCAUGGAAAGCUUACCUUGGUGCCCAGGACGACACUGGCUGCAUCUUCUUGACUGAGUUGCUGCUUGAGACAGGGAAUGCACAGAUGCAAAUGUUGGUGAAGCUUAGUGAAGACAAACCUGAGGCAUUGCAGGCCUUCAUCUUGGUCUUGAAAACUGUCAUGGGGACAGUGGCAGGAUUGACAUUGUGAUUCUUUCUAACCUUUAAUAUUGGCCACAAAGGGGAAGGGCCAGAAGUCCUUGCUUUAUGGCUUACUGCACUCUUCAAAUUAAAAUGCAACUCUUGUGAAUUUUCAGUAAAGGAUGUGCACAGCC